UUUGAACACAAGGUGUGCUGGGACCUGGUGGGAUCCUCUGUGCUGCUGGGGAAGCGCUGGCUGUGUGCUGUGUCAGCAUCUUGGAGCACAGGCAGCAAGUGAGGGAACUGUAGCGCUGGGGCAGGUCUGGGGACUCAUGACUUGAGCAGAGCUGGGGGCUGGGGUGCAGGAAGUGAAGAGAGCUGAAGUUAAAACAGGAACUCAGAGCAGACACAGGCCCAAAGCUGUUGCAGGCAGCAAGUUCCUGAGCAAAGAGCAGCAAGUUUGCCAGCAGGAGCCUUUAAAGAUGUGGAAAGCGGUUGUGGGACAUGACGUGUCAGUGAAGGUGGAGCCUCAGGGAGACGACUGGGACACAGACCCUGAUUUUGUGAACGACAUCUCCGAGCGGGAGCAGCGCUGGGGAGCCAAAACCAUCGAGGGCUCCGGCCGCGCCGGGCACAUCGAUAUCCAUCAGCUGAGGAACAAGGUGUCAGAGGAACAUGAGGUCAUCAAGAAGAAGGAGAUGGAGACUGGCCCCAAGGCUUCCUAUGGCUAUGGAGGCAAAUUUGGAACAGAGCGGGACCGAAUGGAUAAGUGUGCAGUGGGACACGAGUACGUUGCUGAUGUUGGGAAGCACUCCUCGCAGACGGAUGCAGCCCAGGGCUUUGGGGGAAAGUUUGGAGUCCAGCGGGACCGAGCCGACAAGUCAGCAGUGGGCUUUGAAUACAAGGGUGAGGUGGAGAAACACUCGUCCCAGACAGAUUACUCGAAGGGCUUUGGUGGCCGUUAUGGAGUGGAGAGGGACAAGGUGGACAAGGCAGCUGUGGGAUUUGACUACAGGAGCCAGGCAGAGAAGCACGACUCUCAGAAAGACUAUGCUGUGGGCUUUGGUGGGAAGUUUGGGGUCCAGAGGGAUCGUCAGGACAAGAAUGCCCUUGGCUGGGAUCAUCAGGAGGAAGUGCAACCCCACGCAUCCCAAACAGACUAUGCCAAGGGGUUUGGAGGCCGGUAUGGAGUCCAGAAGGAUAGAGUGGAUAAGAGUGCUGCUGGCUUUGAUGAGAUGGCAGCUCCCACCUCCUCCUACGAGAAACCAAGACCCCUGGAGGCAGGAGCUGCCAGCAGCACCAGCAGCCUGCGGUCGCAGUUUGAACACAUGGCCAGGUCGGCGGAGGAGGAGAGCAGGAGGCAGGCGGAGGAGGAGCGGCUGCGGCGACAGCCCCGGCAGUGCCCGGCACCUCGGGGACAGCAGGAAAUCCCACCGAGAGGGAAGGGGCACACUGGGGCAGCCCCUGCUGCUGUGCCAGCACAGGUGCCCAGGAAUGCCCAUGGAGACCGACCCGUGUCACCAGGAGAGCAGGAGGCCAAAAGGGAGGAUGAGGAAGCACCACCCACUUUGCCACCAAGGCCAGCAGAUCUGGGCGCAGAGCUGUGCAAGGUCCCCAGCCAGGAUCAGCCCAUCUACAGUGAAAGUUUGGAUGUUGGUGGAGACUAUGAGGAGCUGCCAGAGCCCUCUGACUACUGUGACAGUACCAGUGGAGGUGCUGACUAUGAGGAGCUGCCAGCCCCGCUGGGAAAGCCAGAUGCUAUCUAUGACCUCGGGGAAGAUGGAGGAGAAGACUAUGAGGUGAUCCUUCCUCAGGAGCACAGCCAGAGCCAGCCCCACCUGGAGAACACGGGUGGUGUCUGUGAGGGGCAGGGCCCCGGGACCUGUGCAGUGGCUCUCUACGACUACCAAGGAGAGGGAGAUGAUGAGAUUUCUUUUGAUCCCGACGACACAAUCACACACAUCGAGAUGGUGGACGAAGGCUGGUGGCGGGGGCAGUGCCACGGCAGGGUCGGCCUCUUCCCAGCAAAUUAUGUGAAACUUGUACAGUGAAACAAGCAUUGUGCAAGCUGCUCCCUUCCAAACCGCUGCCUCUCUCUGCUUCAGCCUCUUCCAUGUUCUCAGCUUCAUGUGGCUCAGCCUGGUGUGUCCACAUUCAGAGAAAUAUCAAGGAGCAAACUGACAGUGUCUGAGGGAAUGUUUUGUCUUGUGCCCAAGAGGAUUUUGGUUCCCAUCCACUUCCAGAUGGGAAAGGUGGGAUGGGUUAAGAGCGUAUGAGUGUGAUGUAAGGUGUCUCUUCUACCCAGGCUACCACACCUGUCAGCUAGCAAACCUGCAGGAGCGUGUCCUGUUCCCAGUGGGGCAAUUUGCAGAGCAGAAACACCAACUCUCAUCCAAGCAAGGCAGAAGGGACGUGAGCUGUGGAACCUUUUUCAGUUGUUGUAGCCCUGAUCUCAUCCUAGCCAGGGUUCAAGGAAAAGAGCACUGGGAAAGCCAAAUUUGCCUUUGUUCCCAGGAAGGGUUUCCAUUUGCAGGAUGACCCACAUUUGCAGGACGGAGCAGAGAAACGUGAACUUAGUCUGUGUGCCCCUUUUGGGCAGUGGUGUGUCUGUCCCUGGGGGCUGUGCCCUCCCUUUUGGGCACAGAUGUGUCAGUGUGUCUGUCCCUGGGGGCUGUGCCCUCCCUCACAGCUGCAGCAAUAAACAGCUUCUGCUCUGGCCUGGC